AUGGCAUCGGCAACCACGCCUCCCAGCGUGACACCCAGCCCCACCACCGCCAAACCUCCGCCACAAUCCCGCAAAAAUGACAAGAACUUCAGACACCGUCGAAAGCACAAGAACUCCAAGCUCGGAUGUCCCAACUGCAAGAAGCGCAGGGUCAAGUGCUCGGAAGACUUGCCUUCGUGCACAAACUGCAUCAAACAUCUGGUCAAGUGUGGGUAUCUCGACUACUCCGAGGAGCAGUUGGAGGAGUUGCGCCAGUCGAAGCUUGACAACCAGUUCGACGAGUUGAGCACAGGCGAGCCUGCCAGUCCAGGCGAGCUGCUGGUGCACACUGCGCUUCUGAGGUCGAAAUCCCGCUCGGAGUCCGACGCCAGCGAGUCCACAGCUGCGACUACUGCCAGGUCUUCAGUCGCCACCAGCGCCAGAUCGUCCUCCAACCCUCUCUAUGCCACCACCAACGCUCCCUACGCGUUUCCCCAGCACGCAGUCACCCAAGUCUUUGACAAUUUGCUCUCCAAGGCCCACACCGACGAAACCAUCAUCUAUCCGUUGUAUUCUCUCAACAAUACCACCGAGCCAGCGUCCGACGCCAACCCCUACUUUCUCCCCACACGAGACGUGUUCAACAGCAGUGCUGGUGCUGGAAAUGGUGGCUCCAUUGCAGACGUCAUCUCAUCACAGAACUUGUCGCAGCGCCACUCGCCACUUAACGAUACCGUGGCGAUCCACAGCGUGUCCCCCAGCCCCGUCAAGGGUUUGCCGGGUGCCAAACAAGCCGUCUCGUCGUUUGUAGUGCUUCCAAAACGCAACAUUAACUACAGCGACGAGCUCGUCCGACUCUUGAAGGCCAAUGCACCUACAAUUGCGUCGGGAACAGCUUCGUUGGCUAACAUCCGUAACAUCUACGUGACGUGGCUUAACUCGUUCGUGUUCAGCUCGUACACCUCGGAAAUCAUGUUCAGCUGCUUGGUCAACCUCACCACAAACUACUUGAUUUCCAAUUGCUUUGGCGACUACCCCACCUACAAGCAGGCAGGCGCCAGCCUGCCAUACUACCAGCAGCACCAUCAGGUCCGCAAGUACUCCCGGCUAGCGGAGAAAUCCAGGUUGAAAAACACCGCCAUCGUCAAGAGCAUCCGCCACUACGCCAGGGUCAUAAAGGAGUUGCGUAUCUUGUUGAACAAGAACUCGGACCCGUUGGUGUGCUCGUCAAUCUCGUACAUAUUGAGUUUGAUGGCCAUCUACGACCCCGAGGCCACCCUGAACAGUAUCACCUGCUUCCGUGACGGUUUGUUCCUGAUUCUCGGCUACAACAUCAACCUCCUGAUCAAGAACAACACCCAGAUUCACAUGCUCAUUCCUGUGCACUUGCGGUUGAUGAAGAACAUCGUGCGGUCCAUCUACUUGCCCAGCUACGACCCAACAUUUUUGACGGAAUUCCACGCCAUUCUCCUCGAGUUUGCUGCAGCUGCCCAGGCCAAAAUCGACUACGUCAACGCCUACAACUCAUCCCAGAGUUUGCCUCACAACGACACCCUUGAGUUCGUGCAAUUGAAAGCGCAUGACUUGAUUAUCUACGUGGAGAAGACCAUCAACGAGUACUUGCCCACGAUCGCAGCCAACUUGACCAAUGUGGACAUCCAGCAGGAGGUGUUGUUCGAGAUGGUCAGCAAGUGGGUGCGGUUGAAUCCAUCCAAGCUUACGGUGGUCAACCACGCCACCGAGCCGUUGGAAAAGGUGCUUUACCUCUUCUAUAAGGUGUGGAAGAAAGCACUUUUCGCAGUUCUUCCCCAGGUUAAAUUCUUCUUCCUUCGUGACUUCGACAGUCCCAUCAUGCUGGACGUGUUCAACUACACCAAAGACACCGACAUCUAUUUCCACGAGCUCGACGUGCCCAAGCGCAAGAACUUGCCGGACGACCUCUACCACGACAUAUUACCAUUGUUGAAGUCCACCAGUGCCUACUUGAUCCGCAUCUUGACAUUUUUGCAGCUGCGGCUCCACAUUCUCUACCGCAAAAUCGUGUACGAAGAGUAUUCCCAGAAUAAAUUUCCCAUUGACGACAUCAAGCAGUGGAAAGAGUCAAUUACUGACAUCGAAGAAACUCGCAGGCAAUUCAACAAAGUCAUAGGCCUCCAUGAGGUGCCCAUCCGGAGCUUCCACAAAACCGCCAUAUGCCCCUACCACUACCCGUCCGAUGCCAGCCCCGACUUGGACGCCGACGGCGACCUCAAGCUUGGCGACGAGUCCCACGGCCCUGUGGACCUUGGUCAGUUCUUGCCGUCGGGGCUCUUUGCUGCCGACUACGACAUUAAUAUUUAA